UAAAACUCUGCGACACAAACUCACCGCAUGCUGCAGCAAAUCUGACACAUCUGAGAUAUUUUACAAUAAGUUAGUGAAUCAUCGAAGUUAUGCUAUUUUCCCGGAUCAUCGCAACAGCUUGAAAAUGAACCCUCAUUGCGCGCGCUGUGGGAAAAUUGUCUACGCAACUGAGAAAGUGAACUGCCUGGACAAGUACUGGCACAAAGGAUGCUUCCAUUGUGAAGUGUGUAAAAUGACUCUCAACAUGAACAACUACAAGGGAUAUGAGAAGAAGCCCUACUGCAACGCGCACUACCCAAAACAGACCUUUACAAUUGUGACAGACACCCCUGAGAACCUACGGCUGAGACAGCAAAGCGAGCUACAAAGUCAGGUCAAGUACAGGAAGGAUUUUGAACAGAGCAAGGGUCAGGGCUUCAAAUUCGCCUUGGAUACUCCAGAGCUGCAGAGACUGAGGAAGGCCCAGGAUCAGAUCAGUAAUGCAAAGUAUCACAAGGAUUUUGAGGUGUCAGGUUUGCAUGGGGUCACUCAGGGAAUGCGUGGAACGUACCUGGUACGGCCUCAGAUGGCGCCUAACCAUGAGACGGUGGGAAACAGCUCACACAAGGGUGUCCAUCAGUGCAUCAUGGAGAUGGAUCGAAGACCUGGUGUCAUUGUGGCACCUGUUCUUCCUGGUGCCUACUAUUCCAGUGGCCACAGCUACAUGCAUCAGACCAGCAUGCAUUCACUGAGGUCAAUGCAGCUGAGGUCACAACACAGGAGUAUGACUGUGUACAGGGCUCUGUAUGACUACACGGCGCAGGAUUACGAUGAGGUGUCGUUCCGGGAUGGUGACAUCAUUCAGAACGUGCAGCCGAUCGACGAAGGCUGGAUGUAUGGAACGGUACAGCGGACGGGGAGAUCAGGGAUGCUGCCUGCCAACUACGUAGAGGGCAUUCGCUAGGUGUCCUACGCCUCAAAUGAAACACCGUAUCUGAAUUGUUCAUAGGCAUCAUAUGUUUGUAAACAGUCAAAGGUACAGCUCGUUUUUAAUAGUGCUGAUCGUCCCACUUUGUAAGUGUUUAUAAUGUUAUAUAAUUUCUCAUUUUGUUACUGUUCAAAAGUUUGAGGUCAAUAAGAGUUUUUAUGAAGAAAUGUAUAUUUCUAUUAACAUUUAUAAUGUUACAAAAGAUUUCCAUUUUCAAAUAAAUACCGUUCUUUUGAACUUUCUAUUUAUUAAAGUCCUGAUUUAAAAAAAAA